AUGGCGCAUAUAAUAAGAUCCAAGCUUAUGCUCUUGUCAUUGAAAUAUACCAGUUGUGUCGCACCGCGUAUUUUAGUACCCUUAAAACAUCAGCGAUUAUGUUUUCACACCACCAGGAUUCUCGACGUGAAGGGAAAAGAAUUAUUAAUGCCUUCCUUAUCACCUACUAUGGAAACUGGUACUAUAGUAAAGUGGUUUAAAAAGGAAGGCGAUAGUAUUAAUCCUGGCGAUGCUAUUGCGGAUAUUCAGACUGACAAAGCUAUUGUCACAAUGGAAUUUGACGACGAAGGUGUAUUAGCCAAAAUAAUUGUACCUGAAGGAACAAAGGAUAUCAAAGUAGGAACUCUAAUUGCUCUCACUGUUGAAGCUGAUGAAGAUUGGAAGUCAGUGGAAGUGCCGGAUAAGUCAGUGGAGCCAGCUCCAAAAAUAGCAGCAGCUUCUGUUGAAAAAAGUCCAGCUGUUACAAAAGUUGAAGCACCACCACCUGGCCAGCAAAACAUUCCUAUGCCUGCCCUCUCACCGACCAUGACAACAGGUACAAUUAUAAAAUGGCUAAAGCAAGAAGGUGAUGAGAUACAACCGGGUGAUGCAUUAGCAGAUAUACAGACAGAUAAAGCUGUUAUGACUUUUGAAUUAGAGGAAGAAGGUGUACUUGCAAAAAUUCUUGUUCCAGAAGGAUCUGAGGUACAAAUAGGACAAUUGAUAGCUGUUACAGUUGAGAAAGGAAUGGAUUGGAAACAGGCUGUUAUCCCAACAUCGACAAAACCAGGCGCAGCUGUAGCACCAAGUUCUGCUCAACCAACUGCACCAAUCGAUGCAAAACCAUCAAGUGGACAAGUAUAUGGUUUGGCGGUGAAAAGAUUGUUAGAAGAAUAUAGUUUGAAUUCUGAUUCAAUCAAAGGUACUGGACGUACAAAUCGUUUAUUGAAAAGCGAUGUCCUUGAAUAUAUUCAGGCGCAUAGUAUUCAAAAAGUUGCACCUAAAUCCGUACCAGCUCCAAAGACUGAUGAAGCACGUUCUCCUAGUCCAGCAAAAACGCCCGUUCCAUCUGGUCAGCCGUCUCCGUACAAAGAUAUCGAAAUAUCCAACAUUCGCGCCGUUAUAGCCAAACGACUUAGCGAGGCAAAAAGAACUAUACCACAUUCUUACGCUGUUAUGGAUAUAACUAUUGAUAAAUUGGUCGAGCUCCGUGGAAAACUAAAAACAGAGGAUAUAAAUGUAUCAGUUAAUGACUUUAUUACUAAGGCUGUCGCUCAUGCGCUUGUCGAAUGUCCCGAUAUAAAUACAUUGUAUAAAAAUGAUCAAAUUAUUCGAGUUCCAAAGGUAGAUGUAUGUGUAGCGGUCGCAACACCAACAGGACUUAUUACACCAAUAGUAUUCGACACUGCCACUAAGAAUUUAGCAGAUAUCUCUAAAAACAUUCGAGAAUUAGCCGAAAAAGCGAGAAAGGGACAGCUUAAACCGCAUGAAUUUCAAGGAGGAACAUUCACAAUUUCAAACUUGGGAAUGUUUGGUAUCAAGGAAUUUUCAGCAAUUAUAAAUCCUCCGCAAACUGCUAUUCUUGCAGUAGGCUCGGGACGUGAAGAGCUGGAUUCUUCAUUAACAAAGUUAACAAAAAUGGCAGUACAACUAUCUUAUGAUAGACGGGCGAUUGACGAGGAUCAAGCAGCUAAUUUUCUAGCUGUUGUGAGAGCAAUGUUGGAAGAUCCAGCUUUUCUAGUAGCUGGUAAGACACAGGCAUUGAGGUAUAAACGUGAUGCAUAUUAAUUAUUUUUAAUAAAACAAUCGAAAGUGUUUAUUGCAAAAACAGCUUCUCUUGUUUGUAAUGAGAGAAUUAAAUAUAAUUGUUUUUUAUGUAACAUUGUUAAUGCGCUUUUUAAAAAAUAGGGAUUUUAAUAAAAGGA